AUGUGUCUCCUGAGACAAUUCCAUGUCAAGAUCACCAUCCCGGCAGAUAAACGAGGCACGUUUAAUGCCACUACCGGUUUCCUCCGGUCCUUCUGGGACAAGAUUAAGUUCCUCAGGGGACCACCUGAGAGCUGUUCGACCUGCACGUGGGAUGCCAUGAUCAUCUAUGAUUGCACUGCUAGCUCAGAAGGUACUCUCCAGGCUUGCCCCCAGAUCGCCACGCGCAAAUGGGACAUUCUUCUCAUGAAGGUGGGCGACGAUUAUCAGUACCCUUGGAUCGUCGCCGCAAUCAAUGACUCUGGAGCCUAUACCGAUUUGCGCCAUGACCCUUUUGACGAACGACAACGGACUGCACUCGAGUUCUUUCACGGCUCUGGAAUAUCCUAG